CCUCAUUCACUCCUGUGCAGUGUUUUAUACUGAAAGGUAAAGAUGCGAAUUCACACUGCGACUUCUUGUGCAUCAGUGAGCGGAUACUACAGGCUGCCCUCACAGCCUGUCUGAGCCGCUUCAUGUGAUAUGACCGUCUCCACUGCUCCACCUUAACGAGCGGGUCUGCAGGCCUCCAAGCAGCAUGAUAACAUCUGUUAGCACGCUUGUAUCUCCAGUGGGCAGACAGUGAGGACCAGUCGCCACUAUGCGAUGUGUGUAAGGGACCAGUGGCGGUGUUGUGGCCCCAGGCGGGAUGCUGCUGACGGCCGGUCAGUAUGACUCUGCUGGACUUGUGGCUGUCGCGCUCCAUCCCCAUGUGCCUGCUCCUUCAGAGCCUUGUCCUCAUGGCCCUGUGCUUCCCCUCGGCCAGCAUGUGUCCAAAGGGCUGCAUCUGCCAACGCGACCCCCACCUCCACGGCCUCAACGUUACCUGCAGUCAGGCCCGCCUCAAAGAGAUCCCAAGCCUGCCGGUCGACACUGUCCUGCUGAGGCUAGACCACAACCAGAUAGGCGCCGUACCCGAUCAAGCCUUUCAUGGACUCAGGCUUUUGAGGGAGCUCAAUCUUUCAUACAACGCGGUGGAGACUUUAGGGGAAGGUGCCUUCAGCGGCAUAGAGGCAACGUUACAGGUGCUGGACCUCUCCCACAAUCGCAUCACUAGCGUACACAAGGAUGCCUUUGCUCGGCUCAAGGCCCGCGUCAUUGUGGAUGACAACCCCUGGCAUUGUGACUGCGCUCUCCAGCAGGCCAUCGGUGGAAUGGCCCACAACCACGAGGCUUCCGCCCGGGUCCUGUGCAGGAGCUCGGAGCUUCGUGACCACGAGGGACGGCCUUUCAUGGCAGUGGACACAGACCUCUGUAAUCUGGCCAAAAGGACCACAGAUUACGCUAUGCUGGUGACCAUGUUCGGUUGGUUUGCCAUGGUCAUUUCAUAUGUGGUGUAUUAUGUCCGUCAGAAUCAGGAGGAUGCCCGACGCCACCUGGAGUACCUCAAGUCUCUCCCCAGCAAGCCCAAGAAACCUGACGAGGCUGACGACAUAAGCACUGUUGUCUGACAGCAGUGUGACUUUGUCCCCACAUAACCCUAAUGAACACCAAAACGUUUAUGUAACAGGACCCAAAUUUAUAGUGUUUACUAUUUUAAACUUUUAGGGGAUGUGAGCAUCAAAUCUGCUAAGAAAUGUUUGUACUUUGGAAAUUUUGUCGUAUGUCCUUACCAGGGUUUGUUCAUGACUGAUCUGAGAUGAGAUGACAGGGAAGGCCACAGAGUCUAAUAGUCUAACACCAACAUUGUCUUUUCUACAAAACAAUUGCAUAUGGAGUUUUGAAAAUUUGAAUCUCAGGUUUAAAUAUUGACACGAUAAUGGCUUUUUUUAGAUUAAAAUUUGGAAUAUCUGAUUUAAAAAAAAAAAGAAAGAAAUAUAUUUGUAAGAUAUGACACCCUAAACUUAAUUUCCCAGAGCCCUCUUUUUGGUAUAUCAGAACCCAUGAUAUAUGUUGAGUUUUGCAAACACUUGCUUAACCAAUUGCAUCUUUCAUACCCCUUAAAUUAAAUGUAAAUUAAAAUAUCUACAUCGACAGUUUUGCACAGAAACAUCUCUGUAUCCAUGACCUGCUUAGGCCGACUAAUCUAUACAUUGUGUAAUAUUUUAGACCAUUAAAGCCUGGGAUGUGGGGUAUGA